AUGUGCUACGUUAUCAUCACCAGCGCCAGUCUGGCAUGGUUCCUUUGCUCCUUGGUGGCGAACAUGCUUUUUGCCGUGGCCCUGGUCACGCCCAAGUGGCUGGUGGGCCCCACCCAAAACCUCCAUUCCAGCUCCAGCCCGCAUCGCCAAUCCUCGGUGGGCAUAUACACGCGCUGCAAGGUGAUGCAAGACGGGGGGUUCCACUGCGGCCGCUUCGACCUGGACGGACUGGCCACGGAUAGCAGCGUUUAUCCCCCCGAAUGGAAGGCGGCCAUGUUCUUCGUCUCGCUGGGAUUCAGCCUGAUGUCGCUUACUGUGCUGCUAACCCUGCUCACCUGCUGCCGCCAAUCGGCCUUCGGCAAGAGUAUCCACAACAUGACGGCCUGCGCCCAGGUGGUGGCAGGAAUAAGUGUGAUGUUAGCUUUGUUCCUGCAUCCGAUGGGCUGGGGUGCUGGCCGAGUUCAACGUCUGUGCGGUCUGGAUGCGGAACCCUUUUACCCCGCCGACUGCAGCAUAGGAAUCUCGUUUUACUGCGGAGGCAUCGGGGUAGUCCUUACAUUCGCCGCCGCAGGCAUUAGCCUCAAGGCCGAGACCUCCAAUAUGCGCUCCCACGUCCGUCGACGCGUGGAAACGGGCAGCAAACUGGUCUGCAUUCCGUAGCUGCCUCCGGACACAAUAAGCACAAUCUCCGACUUA